AUGCCUCCAACGAGGGCUUCAGCUAUAGCUGGUCCAUCACGAUUCCCAUAUAAUCCUUCCAACAAAACCAAUUUCAAUGUUGUGAUAGAUGAAGAGGAUCAUUUGGAUUCACCAGGUUUGGCGUCUAGAAGUCGUCCUUCUCGAGCGAGAAGAUCAGUCUCUUUUCAGCCACAAGAUCGCACAUUCAGCACUCCUCAUGCAAAUACCUCUAGACAUAGGCGGAGAACGUCAGGAGGAUCACAUCAGUCCAUCAGACUCACACCGCCAACAACAACAUUCAAGCAUAAAAACAAAGUGGUGGUUAGGAAAUCAUUGACAGGCGAACAUGUCUUGGGUAUGAACAUAAAUGAUAGAGUAGAGAUCUUGGCAGAUGUAGCUGGAGAUUGUCUUGUCACGCUCGUCAAAGCUGUAUUAGGAAGUGAGAUUAGGUCAAGAAGGAAAAGUCUGGUUGAUGACGAAGUCAGAACAGCUUGGAAUGGUUUAAAUGGAAUACGAAAUUCAUAUAUCUUCCCACCAUAUGCACCUCCGUUCCCAUCUUUGACGGAUAUUCUUGAGUCCCUUCAUUCGCAGGUCCGAGCUACACUCCACGCACAAUCACUCGCACGAGCAAUCAGUUUAUCGAAUCUGUCCACAUUCGUAUGGACUAUCUCCAGACCUGAUGAAGCUGGUGGCACGUUCAAUUCUUUGGACUUGGACGAUGAUGGUCCUCGCAGAAGUAGUAGGAGGAUCAAGGGAAGAGACGCUCAGCCUGACGAAGAACUCUUGAAGAAAGUCGGCAGGAGAAAUAUGUUACUUUUGAUUGCCUGGAAAAAGUUUUGGCUUGUAGUCGUACCUCAAGAAAAAAGGACCAGCGAAAUCGCGCUUAGGUUAUGGCUUGAUUUUGCUACUCAGGUCGCUCUUAUAUAUCAACGGCCUCACGUUGAUGAUUUAUCUGCGGACAGUUCUUAUUUGCCGGAACCACCUCGGACUUUUCUUGCAGAGCUGUUCUCACCGUCAGCAGUAGGUAGAUUCGGUCAAUGGAGUCUAUCAGAAGAUUUCGAUAGUCUAGAUGACAACGAGGAGAAAGAAGGGGUAGAAGAACGGUGGCUAGUUUUAGCAAAGAGGAGGUUAGACGAACUAUCACAGCAUAGUCAACAGGACUUGAUAUGGAAGUAUCCUUACGAUAAAUUCAGGAUCGAAAUGACAGCUUAUAUCCAACACGAGGUCUUGGCUAGUCCUAUAAAUGCCUUGCUUACGCCUGGGCGAAAAUCGUUACUCGUGGGAUCACUGUCCGGAUUUCCAUCCGCCCAAUUGAGGAUCACAGAGAGUUCGUCAUCCGACGAAGAACAAGAUGUCACGCAAUCGGCUGAUUGGUCGCAAGAUGAUGAUAUACUGGAAGCAAACGAAGAAGUUGAUGAAGAUGAACGCGCGGACGAAAAUAUAGUCGAAGACGAAGAGGCAGAUGGCGAUGUACAGUUUUUAGGUGCCGAUGACCCGAUCGAUAUGGACCUCUUGGCCUUAGCAGCUGCCGAGAUGGAAGCUGAGGAUGAACAUGUACAAACUCAACACCCUCGAAGUCCCACCUGGAACAAAGUCCCAGCAACAAUGGAAGAGUCCGCUUCGAUACCGAUACUCAACGAUAUUUCAGAGAACGAAGAUGAUUGGACUGUGAAUGAUUUCGUCCCGCAUCAAUCUUCUGCAUAUUCCCCAAUCGGUGAAGCAUUGGCAGGAAACUCUAAACCCGUGCCAAAGUUCGAUUGGACAAAGAGGCAGGAAGACGCCGUCCAGCUUGAGUGGGAAAGUCAGUCAAUGGAUGGAUCUACACGCUCUCACCGCAAAUCUCUUGCAAGUCAAGUCGAUCAAGGACCGAAGAGCAAGGAUUCAGAACACCUUCGAUUCGCUACUCCACCUAUACAGACACAAACAUCUCCUCCUGUACCUGCUUCAGUCGUUUCUAGGCUAGUCGAAAUAGAUACACAACCAUCGCCUCCGCCAAUCAGGGCAGAACGGCUAUCGCUGUUACCGCGACAAUCAAUUCUUCAGCAAGAUGAACCUGCUGCAGAACUUGCUACUUCCAUUGAUGGAUCAGAAGAAGAAGAGCGCGUCGAAAAUGCUACCACGCCGCCUUUGUCUGAUGGAGAUAUGGUCGACAUCCUACCUUCGCCUUCUCAACUUCGAGGUAUCGAUCCACCAGCAGCUGCGCGAGGUUCAGCUCGUCAGGACAGUGAGCAGCUAGACAAAGACAACGCGUAUGAAGACUUGAUCCCUGCAGAAUCACAAUUCGCGGUUGGCCAACAUCCGUCCCUACGUAAUACUGACGGCAAUCAUGGAGAUGAAGACUUUCCCGAACUACAAGAUGCUGAUCUGGAUGAUCUGCGAUCCGAACAUGACGCUGAUACGGAACCUGCUCCACUCUCUUCUCAAGGUCAAUAUAUCUCCUCAAGACCUAAAAAGAGCUUUGAAGCUCAUUCGUUCGUUGUUCCUAAUGAAGAAGAAGAUAUGGAAGACCGACAACUGUUUUUACGUUCCGACUCAUUCCCUGGAACAGAGUCUCGGGAUAUCAGUGUCAAGCCUGAACCUAUUCAAGACAUAUUAGGACUUCACGACUUUGUAGAAAGAUUACACGAAACAUAUCGAAGACAAAGGGAUGUCAAUAUCCCUUUCCACAAUGACGAAGAUGAUCCCUUCUUACACGACGCCGACGGAUCACCGUUAGAAUCAGAUGAGCUAUUUGUAGCUCCGUUAGAUGAGAAACCAACUCGCCAAUCAAAGCUACACGGUAGAAUAGCCUCCUCUUCUUCGAAGUAUUGUAGAUUAACGGGAAAUCGUAGAUGGACAAAAGAGGAAGAACUGUUAUUAUAUCGCACUGUGCAGAAGGUACCGCUAGAUGAAGAAUAUCCAUUAAGAGUAGUUUGGGCUUUAUAUGGUGAAUAUGGCAGAGAAGGCGACGCGUUAAAAUGGUAUAAUCCGCAACAUAUGAAGGAUAAACUUAGAACGACCGUCAAAAGAAGACAGAAUGAAGGUAGGGAAGUGGAGGGAAGAGUAAGAGCUUGGGCCGCGAGAGGAACCAGAGAAAGGGAAGAAUGGGAAUUGGAAUGGGAGGAAUGGAAGAGUCAAGAUAACCACAGACAAGAUGAGGAGGAACAUGAGGAUGCUGACGAGGGGCAAGAGAAUGCAAGAGAUCAAAUAGAUGAACAAGAUGGAGCGGAUGAAGGCGAGGAUGACGAGUAUUCAUCCGAACCAGAAAACGAAGAAAUACGUCAAGAUCAACCUGAAGCUGAAAAUGCCGAUCAAGCUCCUGUAGAAGACGUGUCACUUGACGACGAUUUUCCAGCACCACUUGUUCUUGAUCUCGCUCUUCCCAUUCAACAAGACGAUGCGGCCACCACGGCCAGCAACCAAUAUCGAGCACGCGACGGGGAUUCCUCUCAUAUAGAUGACGAUGACGAUUUUCCUGACGUUCCCGAUAUCCCCACUUUCAAUUCUGCUCCUAAAUCGAUCACUACAUCCACAAACAUGGAUCGAUCAAUUACCGCUAAACAAGCAAGUAAACGUAAGAGUACCCAGGUGGCAGAGGAUGGCGCGGACUCGAGGCAAAACACUCAAGAACAGUCUCUUCGACGUGAUGUGGAAAUUAGUUUGCCCACGAAGAGCAGAAGAGGAAGGCCACGUAAACUGCCUGCAGGUACAAGCAAGGAAUUUUCAGGCGCAAUUAUCAUACGUCAGUCUGACGGUCCUCCACUGGAUGGUCCGUCCACCAUCGAUGACAUACACACAGUUCAUGCGCAGAAUGAACAACCGAUGAAUUCACCGGUCAUGUCAGCUACCUUACCUGAAAACCAAGUACAAUUACCGAAUAAUCCGUCAAGACUUGAAAGAAGAGGAAGAACCCGGAAAUCAUAUGCAAUUGAGGAUGUUGCAGACGAUCUAGAAUCCCCCUCUGAUCUCUUACCUUCAGAAACGCAAGCUAAACCUAAACGACAGCUCCGAUUUGUAGAGGAUCCAUUGAGAGCGGAAAGAAGAGGUAGACCCAAGAAGAAUCCUAGACAGAAAAGAGUGACUCAUAAGAAAGCAUCUCAUCAAUCAAGCUUUUCUGGAAUACUCCGUGCAGCUAGAAAGACGACGGAACCUCAAAUCCAGCCUAAAUCUGAUUCGGAACCUGAACAGGGAUCAUCAGCCGUAUCUCAGACGAAAGGACCUACAACUUCCAAAACCAUGCAGACAGCUAGGAAGACAGUGUCUGCCCAAUCCGUCCAAAGGGAAGAAGAGGAUGGCAGUGAUGGUGUCGAACAAGAAAAAUCUUUAGACGAUCCCAUGCACAGUCGGAUCCCGAAUGAAGAGGAAGAUUUCCCUUCUAUCAAUGAGAAUGAACUACCGCCAACAAAAGAGCAAGUCGGACAAGAUGGAUCAAGACAGGAAGUUGAACAACGCGAUAAUGGAAUUGAAGAGAGAAGAAGGAGGGCAAUUCUCCAUGCGGUCAUGAAUGGAGCUAAGAAAAAUGGCAAACCAGGUUUGAGGGUUUAG